UCCUUCGGUGAAUCCAACGGCCGGAAAAUAUUCCAAAAUUGCAGUCACAAACAAUGACUCGCAACGGUCUGUUCUUCUCCAGACUCGGUGAGUCACUGAGUCAGCUCGUCUCUUUCUCUCACACCAAACCCUUUUCCACUCUCUUCCUCUCUUUUCUCUUGCCUCUGCAUAUCCUCUCCUUUCUCUUUCUUUCCUUCCUUUCCUUUCCCUUUCGCUCGUGCCCUUUUUCGUCUUUUCGUCUUUUCCACAUCCUCUUCUUCUCCAAAUCAGACGGCCCACUCUCUUCCACGUCACCAUCGUCUUCUUCACCACCCCUCCUGUCAUCUUCCUUCUCCUUUCUCCCUCUCUUUCUCUCUAUCCUUUUUCUUUCUUCAUUUAUUUAUUUUUUAUUUACACAUACGCUCAAUAAAUUGCCCCUCUCUCUUAGGGUUUCUUGGUUUCUCCCAAAACUCAAUAUCCUCUAUAUAUCUCAGAUGUUUCGAAUUUCGCUCUUCGCUCUCCAAUCUAGGCGUCGAAGUUUAAUUCAUCGAUAAGGAGGGUUUUGAUUUGUUACCAUUCCAAAAAUUUCAAAUUUUUGGUGAAUAAUUGGAGGGAUCAGUAGUGUAUAACUGGUUUUGGUUUCUCCUUGUUGGAGUGCGUGAUUGUUUUGGUUAUGUCUGAUGGCGAUUGAGAAGAACUGCUUCAAGGGCUCUAGGUUCGAUCCAGAUUUUUCUCCUAAUAGUAGGGAGAGCAUGUCUAGUGAUGAAGAAGAGGUUCAGCGUCGAGUCUCUGCUGCUGAAUCUGACGAUGACGAUGAUGAAUUUGAUGAUGCUGACUCUGGGGCAGGAUCUGAUGAUUUUGAUUUAUUAGAACUAGGGGAAACUGGAGCUGAGUUUUGUCAAAUUGGGAAUUUAACUUGUAGUGUUCCUUUUGAAUUGUACGAUCUUUCGGGUUUGGAGGAUAUAUUGUCUGUUGAUGUGUGGAAUGAGGUUUUAAGUGAGGAGGAAAGAUUUAGUCUGGCUAAAUAUUUGCCUGAUUUGGACCAGGACAUCUUUGCGAGAACUCUCAAAGAGCUUUUUGAGGGUCAGAAUUUUCAUUUUGGUAGCCCUAUUAAGAAGCUGUUUGAAAUGUUGAAGGGAGGAUUAUGUGAGCCCAGGGUUGCUCUUUAUAGGGAGGGUUUGAGUUUCUUUCAGAAGAGGCAGCAUUACCAUCAUUUGAGGAAGCAUCAGAAUAAUAUGGUCAGUAAUUUAUGUCAGAUAAGGGAUGCUUGGCUUAAUUGUAGGGGAUAUAGUAUUGAAGAGAAACUUAGGGUUUUGAAUAUUAUGAAGAGUGAAAAGAGUUUGAUGUUUGAGAAGAUGGAGGAAGAUUUGGAGAGUGACUCAUCGGAGAAAGAGGAGUUAGGUGAUGGGCGAUGGGGCAAAAGGGUUAAGGAAAGGAAAAGUGCCCUGAAAUUGGGUCGUAAUUCUGCAUAUGGGAGUAGUUCAAAUUUGGAAUUUCCUUCACAAAUGCCUGCGGUGAAUUUAGAAGUGACAAAGUAUGGGAAGCAGAAUCCAAAAGGUAUACUGAAGUUGUCUGGGUCGAAAGCUUUUUCAUCGAAGGAGAUGAUGGGUCAGUCUCCUUCUGGUUACCAUGGCUUGGAACCAAAUUCUCGGCCAUAUGAUUUAUCAGUGCCAAUUUCUCGUCAGAAGGUGAUGGGAUAUGACGCAGGGGCAGCCCUCAGGCUAAGAGAUCAGAUGAAAAUUAAUGAUGAUGAUGAUGAUGCAGAAGAUGCAAUGUAUGGGAUGGGCAUCCAACGAGACAGAAAUGUGACACGUAGUGGUGUGAUGGGGAAAUCUGGGGUUUUAAGAGCAGGAAAGAAGCACGAGCUCCUGAGAAGUGAGGAUUUAGAGACUGAUGAUUUCUCGGGCUUUCCUUUCUCAUCAAAGAAUGAUUUGUAUGCCUAUGGAAGGAGCAGGAAUGCAAAUAAUCUAUCAGAAUUGAAAGGGGUCACAGCUAAGCCACCUAAUAUCAGAAUUUCCCAUGAGUUUGGCAAAAAGGCAAAAUAUCCUGAAAAUGUUCAGCAAUUUGAUGCUGGAGAUCAGAUAAGGUCAAUGAAAAGAACACCAAAAACUACUUUGAAGGGUAAUCGGGUUGAUUUGUCAAAACAUAGUGAGCCUAUUUGGCAUGGAAAGAACAAGGGACGCAUCCUCUCUGUAGAUUCCUCUUUGAAAUCUGAUGAGUGGAAUGUGAGAAGCAAGAAGUGGAAGACAGGGAGGGAGUCCCCAGAUCUCAAUUUUAAAACUUAUCAGCCUUCAUCUCCACAAGUGAAUGAUAGUAUCCUGCUUUCUGAAUUGAGAAAACCAUCAAAAGAGAAGUUUAGAGCAAAUUUUGUAUAUAAUGGGGGACUAGAUAAAGGAGCUAAGAAAUUGAGCAGGAUGUACGUUAAAAAUGAAGAAACAGAAUCCGACUCAUCUGAGCAAUUUGAUGAUGAGGAGGAUGAUAGCAAUCUUUUGAUGAGAAGCAAGUCAGCUUAUACCAGUAGUCUCAUGGGGGGUUCUCGAUCAUCCUUGUUAAAAUCUGGCCUAGAUGCUAAAAAGGGAAAGUUGGUUAGGAAAGAUAUGCAGGACAAUGCACUGGCUUUUGAUGGAAUGACUGAUUUCAAUAAAAAGGUGGCUGGCUUCAGUGAGGUUGGAAACAUGUCAGGAUAUUCAUCAAAAGCAAAACAGAAGGGUAAGAUGCGGGAAAGCAGUCCGUUACAUAGCUUUGGCGCAAGAGUUUUGGAAAACAGCUCUCCAUUUGUCUUGGGUAAAGUUACAGAUGAAGAUGACAGGAAAAGAAGUCAUAAAUUUGGCAAGAAUGGGCAGUUGCGAGAAUCUGGUGAAAGGUUACGCAUAUCCUCAUUGAAGACUUAUCCUUCUGACCGAAAGCAGAAACAGGAGGUCAGUCAUGAUUACACUAUCGAUGAGGAGGAUGAUUCACUUGAAACACGUCUAUUGGCAGAUGAAAAUGUGCUAGUUAGAAUGGGGAAGAAAGGAAAGAGCAGUGAAGCAUAUGUUCAUGAUCGACAUGAUAGAUCUGAUGCUUCGUUUUUAGGGUUCAAUGCAGUGACAAAGAAACGGAGAGCAAAGGAGGAAUUGCCUGACAUUGAUGGAAGAGAUGAAGAUGGCAAUAUGCAGCCUAAUCUUCAACAGCAUAUUGAUAAUUCUGUUUCAUUGAAAAAAAAGGGGAAAAGAAAAGUGGAGACUGACAUUUGCACUUCAGAUAUGGAAACUUCUGAGCCUGCCAUUGCCGAAAUGGGAACAGUGGACAUGGAUCUGGAAACCAAACCGCAAAAAAAGCCAUAUACACCAAUUACGCCUACAGUUCAUACUGGCUUCUCAUUUUCCAUCAUACAUCUCCUUUCAGCAGUUCGCUUAGCAAUGAUCAGUCCUCAUGCAGAAGAUUCCUUAGAGGUUGUCAGACCUAGUGAGGAGCAGAAUGGAAAGCUCGAUGGAGAUACAAAUGGGGUUGUUUCUCAUGAGAGUGCAGAUACCAAUAAAUCAGACCAUGCUGUAACGUUGAAUGUGCCAUCCCUUACUGUGCAAGAGAUUGUUAACCGUGUGAGAUCAAACCCUGGGGAUCCUUGCAUUCUUGAGACGCAAGAACCACUUCAGGAUCUGGUCAGAGGAGUUCUUAAGAUAUUUUCAUCAAAAACAGCACCUCUAGGAGCCAAGGGUUGGAAGGCACUGGUGGUGUAUGAAAAAUCUACCAAGAGUUGGUCUUGGAUUGGUCCAGUUUCUCACACCUCAACUGAUCAUGAGACUGUUGAAGAGGUUACAUCCCCUGAAUAUUGGGGCCUUCCUCAUAAAAUGCUUGUCAAGUUGGUAGAUUCAUUUGCAAAUUGGCUGAAAAGUGGUCAGGAGACUCUUCAACAAAUUGGAAGUCUUCCAGCACCACCUGUGGCGCUAAUGCAAUGUAGCCUGGAUGAGAAAGAGAGGUUCAGGGACUUGAGAGCGCAGAAAAGUCUCAGCACUAUUAGCCCAAGCUCUGAAGAAGUGAGGGCUUAUUUCCGCAAGGAAGAAGUUCUAAGGUAUUCCAUUCCUGACAGAGCCUUCUCUUACACAGCUGCUGAUGGUAAAAAAUCCAUUGUUGCUCCCUUGAGAAGGUGUGGUGGUAAGCCUACUUCAAAAGCCCGAGACCAUUUCAUGUUGAAGCGUGAUCGGCCACCUCAUGUUACAAUUCUUUGUCUUGUCAGAGAUGCAGCUGCCAGAUUACCUGGCUCUAUUGGCACUAGAGCAGAUGUUUGUACUUUGAUUAGGGACUCUCAAUAUAUCGUUGAAGAAGUGUCUGAUGCUCAAGUGAAUCAAGUUGUUAGUGGAGCUUUGGACCGUUUGCAUUAUGAACGUGAUCCAUGUGUACAAUUUGACGGGGAAAGGAAAUUGUGGGUUUACUUGCAUAGAGAGAGAGAAGAAGAAGAUUUUGAAGAUGAUGGUACUUCAUCUACGAAGAAAUGGAAGAGACAGAAAAAGGACCCGGCUGACCAACCUGAACAAGGGGCUGUAACUGUUGCUUUUCAUGGGAAUUUGGAUCAGUCUGGAUUUGAUUUGGGCUCUGACCUCAAUGUUGAGCCACCAGGCCCUGAUGAUGAUAAAAGAACGGAUCUUGUGUAUAACAAUGCGAAACAAAGUGUAGAGGAUAUUGCUGAAACCAGUCAUGUGUCAGAACAAGGCAACAUGCAUCAGGAUCAUCUUUGGGAAACCCUUAGUAAUCCAGUUUCUGAGAAUAAAUUGUUAUGUCAAGAAAAUUCCACAAAUGAAGACUUUGAUGAUGAAACAUUUGGGAGAGAGAGGCCUGUUGGACUGUUAAGUGCAAGCUUAUUAUGAAGAAUAGUUCAGGUCCAUCAAUGUCAAGAAGGGCCAUUCCUUUUCAAGGUGUGCUAGACAUAAAAAGUUCAAAUGUAUAUCAAUUCUAAUGCACACUGUAGAAUAGCAAGAAGUCUUUGUUGAGGCUCAAGAAAUAUUCCCCCUUUUUUUACUUUUUUUUUUCCUUAUUAUCUAGAUAAUUUUCAAAUAUAGUUCAUUGUUUCCCUUGAAAUGAGUGAGUUGGAAGGAAGCGGUAUUUGUGUAGCGUCACAAGAUAGAACCCUAGUUUUCUCUGUACAUAUUGGUUUAGAAAAGGUAAUUUAACAGCAGUUAUACAUAAUAUUAAAAGGAUUUAUCUA